AUGAUGCAAAAUCUCUAAAAUAAUAAGAGGACUCAUGAGUAGUCAAUAAAAGAAGAAUAUAAGGGCGAAAUAAUAAGUUAGAACUAGUUUUAGAAUAUCCCUCAAAAUUUAUCAGAGGAAUUUGAAAAUCAAAACCCUGAUCAUGUUAUUGAUAAGAAUUCCAACAUUUGGUGGUGCAUGGAUUGCGAUAAAAAAUAUAAAUCCUAUCCCGCCUUCUACACACAUAAUAAGAUAAAGCAUAAUGGAAAUCCUCCAUAAAAGUACAGAAUUCCUAGAGCUUUAGACGCUAUUUCAAAAGAUAGAGGUCGUCCUAGAGCAGACAAUAACCCAAAAAUGAAAUUUACUACUGAAGAUAAAGCCCAACAUAAUUUAGAGGAUAAUUUAUUUGACUUUUUAGGAAAUUUAGGUUCAAAAGAAAGUAGCAAUACAAUUAUUAGAGAAUACCUUAAAAAGCCUCUUGAUGCAUCUGAUGUGCUUGAUAAGAUUAAAAAUACUUUAAUUUAAAGAAAAAAUAUAUUAUAAAUCUACAAUAUCAUAGAAUUUGAAUUUAGGAAGUUAAACUAAAUUCUAAAAGAUCACGAAAAUGAUGAGUUUAUUGAUCCUCUUGACAUAGAUCCUGAUGCUCAAGAUGAUAUAUCUUUAUAUAAUAUCAAAGGACUUUUUAAUUAUAUGAGAGACCAAAAAUAAUUAACUAGGUUUUCAAUUUUAGUCAUAUUUUUAGCAUGGCUUGGUAAAGAAUUAACUGAGGCAGCAUUAAAGGAAGUUUUAAUUAUAUGCAUUGAGUAUUUUUCCUAUUUUUCUGCAUUUUUGGAUCAGAAAGGAAGUAUUCAAUCAAAACAAAUAGAAAGCAGAGAUGCUGCUACAAAUUAAGUUAGGUAGUUAUAUGAGACUAAUUAAUCUACUUUUAGUUUAUUAAAAAAAUUUGAUGAUGCCAAAAAGUUAGUUGAAUUUUUCCAUUAAUGGUAUUGCAAUUAUGAAAAGAUGAUUUCUAGCAGUAUUCAAUAGACAAAUAUGCAAUAAGGACCUCCUCCUCAAUUUCCUUAGUAGCAAUAAUAAUAAAUAAGAAUACCUUAAUAAAUAUCCCAACCUAACCCAAUGUAAUAUCAGCCAUUUUAAAUGAUGUAAAUGCAAAAUAUGCAAAACCCAUUAAGAAUGGUUAUGGAUCCAAAUUAAAUGUUAAACAAUUAAUGA